GGCUUCCGAAAAGGAACCGGAAGUAGGCAGUGGCUGAGAGGUUUACCAAACUUGGUCCUUCUCCUGGAACUCAGGGCGUCUUCGUUUCUGGACGAAGCCAUCGGCGAUGUAAUCAUUUCCAGUUUUAAUUAUUAGUUACUCUAGUUACAAGAACAUUUCAUUUGGGCCAAUGAGAACCCUAUCUAAAUGAAAUAUUCGUAAUUAUUUUGUGAGUAGUACAAGCCAGGAAGUGCAAGAGCACAGGAUGUUUGCUUCCGUUAGGAAAGACAAUUUUUCAGAAAGACUGUCAGAGCCUGCAGAUCUGGAAAGAAGGGAUGCCAAAAGCCAGACUUUUGUUUCCAGGCGCUUAUCAGUGGAAUCACACUUACCAAUUGCACAAACGCAGCUGUUUCACCUUUUUAAUCUCAUCCCAGGAUUGGAAUCUUGUGAAGCUCAUCAAAGUGUUUACAAUAACCAUAGCUAUGCAGUGGUACAGUACAGUCGUAUUGCAUCAGCUAUCUAUGCCAAACAAAAACUACAUGGCUUUGAAUUUUCUUUUGGAAAUCGCCUGGCUAUUUCUUUCAUUGAAGAUGGAACAGACGAAACUGACCUUGCUAGAGAAAGAGCAAAGCACUUGGUGACUUCACAACUGUUAUCAAAGAUUGAGAACAGUAACUUACAUCCUCAACAUGUAGGGUCAAAUGAAUCCCAGAGCUCUUGUCGUCUUGAAACAGAUGCUGAGCUUCCAUUAAGCAAAAAAAUGAAAGCUCCCCCUGACUCUACGGUGCGAGAAAGACUUUUAAUUUUGUUUGAUCCCCGUCCCUUACCUCAGAACAUCUUGGAUAAUGUGUUAAGUCGAUUUGGAAAUUUUAUAAGUGCUUAUAUUAUCCCUGGGGAAAAUGUAGCAUAUGCCAUGUUUGCGGACAGAGCGAGUGCCGCAGAUGCUAUAGCUACGUUACAUGGAAAGACUGUAAACGAAGUGAAGUUGAAGGUGAGCCUAACUGAUUUACCCACAGAGGACUCCCAUAAACGUCAAAGAAUGUUCUGACCCGAGAAUAGAAAAUACCAACUGGACUAAUACAUUGCUGAGGAUAGUGACAAACAUUUUUUUGUGAAACCGAUUUAUCAGCUCACAUUUUUUGAAAAAACAACCGUUCUCAUUUGUCUUUAAGCAUGACAUUUUGUAAGCAAAUCAUCAGUCUAACCUGCAGACAUCAAGUGCAGUGUUUGGUGAAUUUAGGCUUCUAAUAUUAAAAGCCUCAUGAAGGGGGGGGGGUGGUGGAUGAAUGACAUUGUUAAUUGCUGGUGGUUCUGCUAAUCCUAAAUAAUACACAGACACUUUGGGUAAAAAGAGAGUAUAUAGUUCAUAUGCUAUCUAUCAAUUUUUUAAUAUGGAAGACUGUGCUUGUAACCUUUGCCUACUCGUAGUUGAAAUGUGUGGGGGUUUUUUAGAAAACUGUUUUCAGUUAUAUUUUACUUAAUAAAAGUGGGAGUAGAAUAAA